AUGGCAGCGCCCAAGAAUAUUGUGAUCGCGUCGAUUGGAACUCGAGGCGACCUGCAGCCGUACUGUGUCGUGGGCGCGGCGCUCGUGGCCCGAGGCCACCACGUGACGAUAGCGACGGAGGAGCGCAUGGAAUCGUUCGUGACGACCGAGUUCAACCUGCCCGUCCGACGCAUUGUGGGGGACAUGCUCGGGGGGUUGUUGGACCCGACCUUCCAACAUCGUUUUGGCACGGCACCUGUCAUCCAGUGUUUCCAGCUCAUGCAGGAGUGGAACGCCCGGUUCGACCAGCAAGAGAUCCUGGCGUCGUACGUGACGGCGUUGACCGGCGCGGACAUAGUGAUCUCGGGGCCGUUGGCCAUGAUGGAAUCGUACUGCGUCGCAGAAGCCAUCGGCGCGACGUGGGUUCCGCUCUUCCUUGGUCACUUCCACUUCCCGACGUCCGAGUUUCCCCAGUGGAUGCUGGAAAAUGUCACGGGGAACUGGUGGGGUGGUCUCAACAAAUGGAGUCAUUCGAUCAUCUUGAGCCUCGGGUGGAAAAGGGAACGAGCCAUGGUCAACGAGUGGCGAGCCAAGUCGUUGCACUUGCCGCCCAUGACGAUGCCGUUGAUGAACUCGAUGGUGGCCCACGACAACAUCGUCAUGUACCAAGCGUGCUCGGUGCUGUUCGCUGGGCCCAAGCGACGAGUGCCGCUCAUGCAGGAGUGGAACGCCCGGUUCGACCAGCAAGAGAUCCUGGCGUCGUACGUGACGGCGUUGACCGGCGCGGACAUAGUGAUCUCGGGGCCGGUGGCCAUGAUAGAAUCGUACUGCGUCGCAGAAGCCAUCGGCGCGACGUGGGUGCCGCUCUUCCUUGGUCACUUCCACUUCCCGACGUCCGAGUUUCCCCAGUGGAUGCUGGAAAAUGUCACGGGGAACUGGUGGGGUGGUCUCAACAAAUGGAGCCAUUCGAUCAUCGUGAGCCUCGGGUGGAAAAAGGACCAAGCUAGGUUCAACGAGUGGCGAGCUAAGUCAUUGCGCUCGCCGCCCCUGACAAUGCCCGUGAUGAACUCGAUGCUGGCCCACGACAACAUCGUCAUGUACCAAGCGUGCUCGGUGCUGUUCGCUGGGCCCAAGCGACGAGUGCCGGUGGAUUAUCCCCCUGGUAAAGUUGUCUACACCGGCUUCGUGUUCCCAUACACGCCACAGCCCGAACCUGAGCCGUUGAAGGUAUUUCUCAGCCAAAGCUCGGUCCCCGUCAUCUACGUCGGAUUUGGCAGUAUGCCGACGUUGGAGUCGCUGGAACUGCUCCAGUUCGUCAUCGACGUGUGCAAGAUGACCGGCACGCGAUGCGUCUUAGCUGCAGGAUGGUCAUCGCUGGAUCAGUCAAGCUGCAAGGUGCUCGCGGACAAGCACGCAGACCUGCUGUAUGUCGAACUCGGGUCCAUUUCGCACGUUUGGCUGUUUCCUCAAAUGAGCUGCAUCGUGCAUCACGCGGGGCUAGGGACGUCAGGCGCCGCGUUGCGCAGUGGCGUGCCGCAGGUCCCGUGCCCCAAGUUCGUGGACCAGUUUCACAAUUCAAAAGUGUUGGUACAAUUGGGUGUGGCUCCGUGCGCCAUCUCCAAGAAGAAAAUGACAGUGUCGCACGUUGCAAACGCCAUUCAGCGCGUGCUUCGCAACGAGAACGACGUCCAAGGCACCGCUCGUACCCUGGGCGAGUUUGUCACCAAGGAGAGCCACGAUGGGUUUCCUCGGCUCUGCGACAUGAUCUUAGCCACCAAACCGACCUUUGCCAAAAAGGAAACGACGACUUAG